AUGAAUUUGGAUCAGUUACGAAGUUGGGCUGAAGAUCUACAAUUGUCAAGUGGUUCUAGUGACGGUCAAGAUGAUAUUUUCAUAAAACAAGAAGACGAACUUGUGGAAGAAAGUGAAGACAAUAUAGACGUUGAUGUUACAAAUGAAUUUUUUGCUAACAUGGUAUUCGAAUCGCAUCAAUCCUUAAUUGAUUGGGUUCAAGACACUGGACGUAAUUUGGGAUUUAUCAUUGUCAUUAAAAGGUCAGAGAUUGGUGGAUUCGAAAAGAGACCCAAAUUACAGUUACAUUGUGAUCACGGUGGCACAUACAAAAAUAAGACGAUGUCGACAAAAUUUAUCGGCGCCAAAAACAUAUAUUGUCCUUUCAAACUGAAAGGAGUGAAAUUGAAAACAGAUGACGAUUGGAUGUUAAGGGUGCUAUGUGGAAAGUAUAACAAUGCCGCGACAUUAUUUAUGGAGGGACACCCGUAUGUCAGUCAAUUAUCUGCUGUUGAAAAUGCGAUUCCAGUAGAUAUGUCAAAGGAUUUCGUGAAGGCUAGAAAUAUCUUGAAUUUGUUGAAGAACCGUGAUCCCGACAAUGCAUCCACAAUUGAUACUAUAUACAAUGCACGCAAGAAGAUUCGGGCGACGAAGAAAGAUGAUAGAUUUGAAAUACAGAUUCUUAUGAGCUUCCUACACGAGUCUAGGUACAUUUUCUAUCAUCGUACCAUAAGCCCACGAGAUUGCAAUACAUGUAAAUGA